AUGGCGACGCCAAAUGACCUCCAGGAACUUAUACGUCUCUUCACGGCGCGUAAAAUGUCCAUGAUGGCAGCAAUGGGACAGGUAAAGGCCCUACAAUCAAAGAAUCUGCGAAGUAUAGCACAAAUCGCAGAUGCACCCUUGGCCACAGUCGAGGAAGCGCUCAGUGGCGAUGCCAAGGCAGCAAAGAGUCUUCACACAGCAUGUAAGAACCAUGAGAAGAAAUCAGGAACGAAGCGUGGGGCAGACGAUGGGAUGGCUCCCGCUGAAGUAAAGAAACCAAAACUGGAGACGCAUAGACGUGAUCUGGAUUAUGGCUCCAUGUCUGGGGAUGAUCUCGAGGCUUCCCUCGAAUUGCCAUCGGAGGAGGAUGAAGAUAUUAUUCGAAAGACCACUAUUUUGACAAACAGAGCGCCCUUGUUUUUGGCCUUUGCCGUUGAGCUGUUGAGAUACACUAUGCCUGAACAGCCCCUGAGUAGCCGAUUAAGUCUGGCGCAAGCAGUGGUGAGUGCGAACUCUCGAACAAAAGCCAUCAGCAUAGGUAUCGAAAAGGCACCCCCAGGAGGCGAAGAGAAAGCCCCCGAAGGUCAGCCGAAGAUCACUAUCAUGAAUCGACCGAUUCCAGUUUUGAAGAGAAGCGGCUACACUUGGUCAGGAUCCUCUCAACCAGCAUCAUCCAACGCUUCGUCAGUUACCCUUCAAGGGAGUCAACCAAAUCCAAGAGGCUGGACUGCAAGUCAGAAGUUGACAUCAAGGGGCUCGGUAUUUAUAGCUCAUGCUAUACCUAUAACAUCACCGGCGACGCGUCCGGCAGUUUUCAAAUCAUUAAUGGCUGAGAAACCGGAGCUGGAGACCGCAACUCACAAUGCUUGGGCGAUCCGGACUAGUUUUGGUAGUUCGCCCCUGAAGCAAGAAGCAUCGUUUGACGAUGGUGAGUCUGGUUGUGGAAGCUUCUUGCUGCAGCAACUACGCGAUCUCGAUAUCAGCAAUACGCUGGUUGUGCUUACAAGAUGGUAUGGCGGCAUCAUGCUUGGUCCGGAUCGCUGGCGUCUCAUGAAAGAAUGUCUCAACGACGCCUUGUCGUCUCAAAAGCGUACAUCUAGCUUGAAUGGCGAGCCGGUUUGGGCUCUGAAUCUCGAAGACAAGAGUCCUUCAACAUCGACGGUUGGCAUGCCCAUACAUCGACCAGAAGGUGCACGAAAUUACAUCCUUCGGGCUUUCGCACCAGCGGAUGAGAGCGGAAAGAAGACCGUUACAGCAGCCAACGAGGAGAAGCAAGAGAAUCUGGGCCGUGUGCUGGGUGCACUUCGCUUGUUAUUUUCCAGUUGGGCUGGUAUUCUGAGCCGCGAUGAGUUGGAUAAACGAGCUUGGACGUGGUAUAUGAAUCUUCGACCUGACGUGGAUGCUGGGCCCGCAGGUUGGGGAGCGAAGGGGACGCUGAAUCUGGGAAGAAUAUUAGACCUGAAGAGAAAGGAGACUUCAUGA